CUAGUAAUUUAUUACUGCAGCGGUUGUCUAACAACAAACCCUGCCUCAGUAUUCAACGUUAUCUCCCAGACACGAAUACAAAUUCUACGAAACAUGAACUAAAAUCAGUGAUCAGUUACACGGGGGAUCUGAAUUCCAAAAAUACAAAAAUAAUGGAACCGAACACCGAACCUAAAGUGGGACAAGACAACGUAGGAUAUUCAUCCGAUGACGAAGCAAGGAAUCCAGAUCCAGUGCCCGAUGAUAUUACGGUUAAUAUCGAGGUUGAGGAAAAGGACAAGACGUCAGAUGAGGACAUUAGACCUGAACCUCAAUUGCAAUAUGACGAUUCUUCAGAGAUUAAGAUUUCAAUCGAAGAUGAAAAAAAGAAUGGUAAUAACAAUACCGAAAAACAGGCCGAGCGCAAGAAAAGCAUAGCAGUGCAGGACGAGGAACAGAAAUGGCUGUCAUGGAUGGAGAUCCAGUUUAAGAAGAUUGCUGGCGACGAUGGCGAGAUUAACCUUGAGGAGUUCAAGGACGCACUCGGGGUCAAAAGGUCCUUCUUUGCGGAGCGAUUCUUUAAUUUAUUUGACACGGAUAAAAGCGGAAGUAUUGAGUGUGGAGAGCUAAUGGACGGCCUCCGGAUGUUAACAAAGGGCAAGCCUGCGCAGAAACUCAAGUUCCUGUUUAACGUUUAUGAUGUAGAUGGAUCGGGUUCAAUUGAUCGAGACGAAUUGAAAACUGUACUACGAUCCUGUAUGGAAGAGAGCUCGCUGUCUCUGGGGGAAGACGACCUGGAUGACCUUACAGACGUACUAUUUGAUGCCGCGGAUGAAGACAACAGCGGAAGCAUAACGUUUGAGGAGUUAAAGGCUGAGCUAGAGAAACAUCCGGGGGUGAUAGAAAAUUUAACAAUUAGUGCCGCCCAAUGGCUGAAACCACCAGCAGCCAGUAAGAAGAAGCAGAAAGGAUGGACAGAAAAGUUUACAUUGAAGUAUAUGCGUAACAACCUAAGAAAAGUAAUCUUCCUUCUUUUCUAUGUCCUUAUCAACUUAGGUUUGACAGCGUACACAGUGUACAAAUACAGAGAAUCAAAUGGCUUUGUAAUAGUCGCCCGUAUCGGAGGAAUGAAUCUCAAUUUUAACUGCAUGUUCGUCCUCGUUCUGAUGUUGAGGAAAUGCCUGACCUACUUACGAGCCACGCCAUUGGCUGGCUUUCUCCCCUUAGAUCAGAACAUCCAAUUUCAUAAAAUGGUUGGCGGCAUGAUUGCAUUCUUCGCAAUCAUCCACACGUUAGCACAUAUAGGAAAUGCUAUUUACAUUGAAUUUUUGACGCCAGAGAAGAACUUAACCACCAUAGAUAUCCUAUUUACAACUAAAGCAGGGAUUGGUUGGGUUGAGGCCUCAGCAUACAUUACGGGAUGGCCUAUCCUGGUCAUUCUGAUUAUUAUGGUGAUUUGUUCACUUCCGUUUGUAAGAAGAGGUGGCCAUUUUCAGAUAUUUUAUUGGACCCACAUGCUGUACAUACCUUUCUGGAUUCUCCUGAUUAUUCAUGGACCGAUUUUUUGGAUGUUUUUUGUUGCACCAGGUGCUUUGUUUAUACUGGAGAAGAUCUUCAGAUCAAAGCUUAUUAAAAGGGCACGAUAUGGCAAUACUCAUAUAACAGAGGUUCAUCUCCUACCAUCUGGGGUUUGCCAUUUAGUCAUUUCAAGACCUGACAAUUUUAAGUACCAGCCUGGGGACUACAUCUUCAUACAGAUCCCAGUCAUUGCAGCAAACGAAUGGCAUCCAUUUACAAUAAGCAGCGCCCCAGAAAUGAAAGGUCAUAUUUGGUUACAUGUGCGGUCAGCGGGCCAUUGGACAAACAAGUUAUAUGAGUAUUUUUCAGAGUUAGAUCCGAUUAAUUUGGGUAAGCCCGAGGUAGUCCUUCAAAAAAGGCGCUCUACAAAAUCACCUGCACUACUUAAUUUCAAAGGAAUAAGGGGUGUGGAUACAGAUCUAGAGGCCUCGGGAAAACAUUCAGGACGAAAAGGAUCACAAUAUUUGGCAAAAGGCCAGAAAGAACUGGAACAUGAGAAGAGGGUUGCCCAGAAAGUCAAGAAAGUUCACGUCAAGUGUCAUAUUGAUGGGCCCUAUGGUACUGCCACUAGAGAGAUCUUUGAAACAGAGCACGCGGUCCUGGUGGGGGCCGGUAUAGGGGUCACUCCAAUGGCUUCUAUCCUCCAAAGUGUCAUGUAUAGAUACAAGGAAUCCAAAAGAACAUGUCCUUGCUGUAAACAUAGUUUCUACGGUCCAAUUUCGGACCAUGCUAUGAAACUGAAAAAGGUGGAUUUCAUAUGGAUAAAUCGUGACCAGAAAUCAUUCGAAUGGUUUGUGGGAUUACUUAACCAUAUCGAGAAAGAACAGAUCGACGUAGCUUACGAGGAGGAUAAAGAACCGGAAAAAGUUAUAGAAAUGCACAUGUAUAUGACUGCUGCCCAGGGCAAAACGGAUAUGAAGGGCAUAGGUCUGCAGAUUGCCCUGGACCUCAUUCAUAAGAAGGAUAACAGAGAUAUGAUAACAGGACUACAAACCAGGACCCAGGCAGGCAGGCCAAACUGGAAUCAGAUUUUUGCCAAACUUUCGGAACAAAAGAAGGGAAAAGUCAAGGUAUUCUUCUGCGGAGCACCCCAGCUUGGAAAAAUAAUCAAAAAUACUUGCAUGAAAUACAAGUUUAAUUUUUCAAAAGAAAACUUUUGAAUGAAAAACAACACAAACAUGGAGUUUGUUCAUAGAAUGCCGAAGAUAAAAAACAUUGUGUUUUGUACCAUUCUUUGCUUAUUCCUCUUCAUUUUAUGUCGAAACAAAAAUAAGGGCUUUCAAUAGCAAAUAAAUGUAAAGUUUUAUUAAAAAUACGCUCAAAUCAGCAGACUUCAUGCUAGAGUGUGCUUAAUGUGCAUUUUUGUUUUUGUUUUUUUUCAAGAAUAAUUUGAUUUUUUCUCGUGAGAAGUACAUGCAUCUUUUUUGUUAUACGAAUGUUUUCCUUUUAUGUAUCUAUAAAGAUCUGAUAUAAA